UCUGCUCUCGGUUUCGUCGCUCGCUUCCUCAUUUGGACCCCUCAUCGGCUUCCGCCUCGAGCCCCUCCUCCGAUGGCGUCCUCCGUCUCCGGCAUCUGCUCGUCUUCCCCGUCCCUCAAGCCGAAGGCGCCGGCGGCCGCGAAGCCGUCGGCCUCCGGCCGGAGGGACGCGGUCUCGUUCCCGAGCGGCGGCGGCGGCGGCGGCGCCAAGCCCGUCGACCGGGCGCCGUCCCUGUCGCUGGCGGCGGCGGCGUUGCCUCCGCCUCGCUCGGUGGCGAGGGAGAUCUCGGUGGACUUGGGGAAGGCCGACGGCGCGGCGAGGAAGGAGAAGGACUCCCGCUCGCUGUGGAGGCGGUACGUGGACUGGCUGUACCAGCACAAGGAGCUAGGGCUGUUCGUGGACGUGAGCAGGAUCGGGUUCACGGACGAGUUCGCGGCGGAGAUGGAGCCCCGGUUCCAGGCCGCGUUCAAGGCGAUGGAGGAGCUGGAGAAGGGCGCGAUCGCGAAUCCGGACGAAGGCCGCAUGGUCGGGCACUACUGGUUGAGGAAGUCGGAGCUCGCGCCGACCAGGUCCCUGAAGGCGCAGAUUGAGAACACGCUCGACGCCGUUUGCAAUUUCGCUGCCGACGUGGUCAGCGGUAAGAUUAAGCCCCCUCCUACUUCUCCUGUGGAUCGCUUUACUCAAGUACUUUCAGUUGGAAUUGGAGGUUCAGCUCUCGGGCCCCAGUUCGUUGCAGAAGCAUUGGCUCCCGAUAAUCCUCCAUUAAAGCUUAGAUUCAUUGACAACACAGAUCCAGCUGGAAUUGACCAUCAAAUUUCGCAGCUUGGUCCUGAGCUGGCUUCUACCCUAGUAAUUGUGAUAUCAAAGAGUGGUGGUACUCCUGAAACCAGAAAUGGCUUAUUGGAAGUACAGAAGGCCUUUCGUGAAGCAGGAUUGAACUUUGCAAAACAGGGUGUUGCCAUAACACAAGAGAACUCAUUGUUGGACAAUACUGCGCGGAUUGAGGGCUGGUUGGCCAGAUUUCCAAUGUUUGACUGGGUGGGGGGCAGAACAUCUGAAAUGUCCGCAGUUGGUCUACUUCCAGCAGCCCUUCAAGGGAUCGAUAUCAGAGAAAUGCUUGCUGGUGCAUCCUUGAUGGAUGAGGCAACUAGGACAAAAGUGGUCAAGAACAACCCAGCCGCAUUGCUUGCUUUAUGUUGGUAUUGGGCUUCUGAUGGUGUAGGAUCUAAGGACAUGGUAGUUCUUCCUUACAAAGACAGCCUUCUGUUAUUCAGUCGGUAUCUGCAGCAACUAGUAAUGGAAUCACUUGGAAAAGAGUUUGACCUGGAUGGCAAUCGGGUCAAUCAAGGGCUUACUGUUUAUGGGAAUAAAGGGAGCACAGAUCAGCAUGCCUACAUACAACAGCUGAGAGAGGGUGUGCACAACUUCUUCGUAACAUUCAUUGAAGUGCUUCGUGAUAGACCACCAGGUCAUGAUUGGGAGCUUGAACCAGGUGUUACCUGUGGUGACUAUCUGUUUGGAAUGCUUCAGGGAACAAGGUCUGCUCUGUACGCCAAUGAUCGCGAGUCUAUAACAGUCACUGUCCAAGAAGUGACCCCUAGAUCAGUGGGAGCUCUUAUAGCAUUGUAUGAGCGAGCAGUUGGGAUAUAUGCCUCACUAGUCAAUAUUAAUGCCUAUCAUCAACCUGGUGUCGAAGCUGGGAAAAAGGCAGCGGCAGAAGUAUUGGCUCUUCAGAAACGGGUUCUGGCUGUACUCAACGAGGCCAGCUGUAAGGAGCCUGUCGAGCCACUGACUCUCGAAGAAGUAGCUGAACGUUGCCAUGCUCCUGAAGAAAUUGAAAUGAUCCACAAGAUCAUCACUCACAUGGCUGCCAACGACAGAGCACUCAUUGCUGAGGGUAGUUGUGGAUCGCCUAGAAGCAUCAAAGUUUUCCUCGGGGAGUGUAAUGUCGAUGAGUUAUAUGCUUGAUCUUCGCAGAAGUCGGAUGUCUUGCUGCGCGCCUCUUCGUAAAUCUUCAAUAAGCUGAUUUUGAUUGUGGUACUGAAUCUUCAUCAGAACGUGGGAUAAUUUGGGAAAAUAAAUUGGAAUUUUUUUGUUGGAA